AUGACUGAAACAUGGUUCCGUAGACCUGCAUUCGUUCGAAAAAGGCAGAUUCGUGAGUUUCAAUGAAACGAAAAUGAAAAAUGGGAAAAAGGUAAUGUUUCAGAAGAAUCUAUAGACGUUUUCAACAGCACGUAUCCGCAACGUCAGGAAAAACGCGAAAUUCGUGUCAAUGGGCGAGAUGGUCAGUGGUACUUUCGCAGAAUAGUAUUAAUACCGCUCUACCAUGUACUAAAUGAAUUCCGUGGCAAAUUGACAAAAGUAAAGAAGGAAAUGAGGGAUUGCGGUAGAACGAAAAAUCCAGAGUCUCAAACAAAACCGAUCAUAUUGAACUAAACAUGGCACAUUACAGGAACAGAAAACGGCUGCACUUCUCGCGAGGAUGACCGGCAAGGAGAAUCGUUUAAUUCGAACCCGAACGUCGAACAGUUGGCGAAUUCAGAAGACGAUGACAUCUUGGAAGGUAAAACUGGUGGUCACAUGUUGUAACUUCUCAAUUUUCUGUAUGUUAUUGUUAAUGUAAUUUCAAAGACGGAAACAGUUAGUUAGUGUUACGUAAUACUGAUAGAGAAAGGUAAAAGUUCAAGAUGUUUCACGAGAAGAUCGCAGUUGUACACCCAUUUGGGAAACCGUGGACGGAUCACUGGGUUCGUUUUCCAUCAGAGGCAUUCGAUGAACGUUUGAUCAGCCAGGGAAGACGCCUUAAACUACGUCACAUCAGUUUUCGUGUUCAAUAACAUCUCGUUUAAUUUGGGAAAAGACAUUUUCGCAAUUUCUAAAGUCCUGCGAUCGUACCCAGACAUUACUGUGAGUUCUCGGAUAAUAGCAAAUAGGGCUAACGUAUUCUUCAGCUUGCCGAAGUGCGUAAAUUGGAGAAUGAGUGGGCUGACUUUGAUAAUCGAGUUUAUUCUUGCUGCGUUAGCUGCAGCACACUCUUAUCGGAUGAUAAGAAACAGACUUGCCAGAUUUCGGGCCGGCCAUGCGGGCCGGCCCGGGUCGGCCCGGGCCGGGCCGGGCCGGGCCGGUAAAGUGCCGGCCCGGGCCGGGCCGGGUCGGUGAAGUGCCGGCCCGGCCCGGCCCGAUCGCCCGGCCCGGCCCGGUCGGCCCGGUUCAAAAAGGCGGGAAUUCAAAUUUUUCGCGGAAAUUUUUCGUUAUUACAAAAAAAUUUUUCGAACUAAAGUUUUAGUGUUUCUUCUUUGUUUUUUUGCUAUUAUGAAUUUUUUUAUGAGAAAUACAUUUGUUUUUUUCAAUUUUCGAUGCUUGCAAAAAAACCCCUAAUUCUACAAAAAAAUGGCUUCAUGCGAUCAAUUAUUCAAAUUUUGAAUUCCCGCUUUUUGAACCGGGCCGACCGGGCCGGGCCGGGUCGGGCCGGGCCGGGCCGGGCCGGGCCGGAGUUUUGGAAAUUUCGGCCCGGCCCGGCCCGGCCCGGCCCGGCCCGUGGCAACUAUGAUAAGAAAUGUCGGAAUGCGACUUGCCAACGGUUCAUGCUCAGUCAAUCUAAUUUAGCUGGCGUCAAAACGAUGAUCACCUUUUCCAUUCGCGAGCAAAUUCAAGAAUUACUGAACCACGGAGUUUUCGGUGCCUCGCUGCUGGUAAUGUGUGCUCAUAUUAAUUCUUCCCAAAAAUAUAUACACAGACUCGCGAAUCGGGCCAAUCACAACUUUCUCGGCGAACAUGUGACACUCCGAAGUAUAAGCGACAUUUGCGCCAUUAUAAAUCCGAGAACCCCGACAAGUUGACUUUGUUAUUGUCGUUAAAUAUCGACGGCUUCCGAAAGAAAGGAUGUUCUAGGUUUCUAGCGCCCCUCCUCAAAUAUUCUGAAGUCUUUUUCAUUCAGAGGCGAAAUCUGGCCGCUGUUCAUUGCGGCGCAUGAUGUUCACGAGGGAUGUGGGAGUACCGGGAGACAAUCAACCCCGAAGUUCAUUUUGCAAUUGCUCAAUCGCUGUAAGUAUUGCUUUUCUUUUGACUGCUCUAAUAAGAAAUUCAACAGGCGUAACCUUCGAACGCACCACCUCGAUGUCGAGUCAGGAGAACUUGUCCCAUGCACGGUGAGUACUUCCUUUCGAAUGGAAAAUUGUAAUGAUAGGUUUCAGGGAAGACUGA